UAGGCACAUGCUCGGUGCGCGGGGCCGGCGCGGUUUCCUCGCGGCCUCGUCAGCAGCAGCGGGGCCCCCCGGCCGGCCGGCAUGGCUCCUCCUACAGGUAACGUGGUGGACAGUCAGUCCCCCCGCCUGCCAGCCAACCAGCUGCGCUGGGAUCUGAGUGCUGAGCAGAUCGAACGCAUGGCUGCUGAGCUCACCGAGAGGACUAAGCUGGUGUACGACCGUGUGGGCUCCCAGGAGCAGGGCGAGGUGUCCUAUGAGAACACCCUGAAAGCGCUGGCGGAUGUGGAAGUGGAAUAUACAGUCCGUCGGAACAUGCUGGACUUCCCCCAGCACGUCUCUCCUUGCAAAGACAUCCGUGCAGCAAGCACUGAAGCUGACAAGAAGCUCUCAGAGUUCGAUGUGGAGAUGAGCAUGAGGCAGGAUGUGUACCAGAGGAUUGUCUGGCUCCAGGAGAAAGCAGAGAGUGCCUCACUGAAGCCUGAAGCAAAGAGGUACCUGGAGAGGCUGAUCAAAUUGGGCAAAAGAAACGGUCUCCAUCUGCCUGAGGAAACGCAGGAGAAAAUCAAAGCUAUUAAGAAAAAGCUGAGCGUCCUUUGCAUAGACUUCAACAAGAACCUGAACGAGGACACCACCUUUUUGCCCUUCUCAAGGGAGGAACUAGGGGGGCUCCCUGAGGACUUCUUGAACUCUCUGGAGAAGACAGAGGAUGGCAAGCUGAAAGUCACCCUGAAAUACCCCCACUAUUUCCCUCUCUUGAAGAAGUGCUACGUGCCUGAGACAAGGAGGAAGGUGGAGGAGAUGUUCAACUCGAGGUGCAAAGAGGAGAACUGCUUGAUCCUCAAGGAGCUGGUGGACUUGCGGGCUCAGAAAGCCAGUCUGCUGGGCUUCAGCACUCAUGCUGAUUUUGUGCUGGAGAUGAACAUGGCUAAAAGCAGCAAGACAGUGGCUACUUUCUUGGAUGAGCUGGCCCAGAAGCUGAAACCCCUUGGGGAGAAGGAACGGGCAGUGAUCCUGGACCUGAAAAAGAAAGAAUGUGAGAAGCGAGGCUUGGAGUUCGACAACCGCAUCAACGCCUGGGACAUGCGCUACUACAUGAAUCAGGUGGAGGAAACCAAGUACAGCGUGGACCAGAACCUGCUGAAGGAGUACUUCCCCAUGCAGGUGGUCACCACGGGCCUGCUGGCCAUUUACCAGGAGCUGCUGGGGCUCACUUUCCAUCUAGAAGAGAAGGCUCAGGUGUGGCACGAGGACGUCCAGCUCUACACGGUGAAGGACACCUCCUCCGGGGAGACCAUCGGCAAGUUCUACCUGGAUCUGUACCCACGGGAAGGGAAGUAUGGGCACGCAGCCUGCUUCGGCCUGCAGCCAGGCUGCCUCCUGCCAGACUCCAGCCGGCAGAUCUCGGUGGCUGCCAUGGUGGCCAAUUUCACCAAGCCCACACCGGAUGCACCCUCCUUGCUGCAGCACGAUGAAGUGGAGACCUAUUUCCACGAAUUUGGGCACGUCAUGCACCAGCUGUGCUCUCAGGCGGAGUUUGCCAUGUUCAGUGGGACACACGUGGAAAGGGAUUUUGUUGAGGCACCAUCACAGAUGCUGGAGAAUUGGGUGUGGGAGAAGGAGCCUUUGCUGCGCAUGUCCAGGCAUUACAAAACAGGAAGCCCCAUUCCUGAUGAACUGCUGGAGAAGCUCAUUAAAUCCCGGCAAGCAAACACGGGGCUGUUCAACUUGCGUCAGAUCGUCCUGGCCAAGGUGGACCAGGCGCUGCACACCCAGACGAAGGCUGACCCUGUGGAAGUGUUUGCACAGCUCUGUGAGGAGGUGCUGGGUGUCCCUGCUACCCCAGGUACAAACAUGCCGGCUACGUUUGGCCACUUGGCUGGAGGCUACGAUGCCCAGUACUACGGGUACCUCUGGAGCGAGGUGUACUCCAUGGACAUGUUCCACACACGCUUCAAGCAGGAGGGGAUCAUGAACUGCAAGGUGGGCAUGGAUUAUAGGAAUUGUAUCCUGCACCCUGGAGGGUCCCUGGAUGCUUCUGACAUGCUGAGGAAGUUCUUGGGCCGUGAGCCCAAGCAGGAUGCCUUCCUGGCCAGCAAAGGACUGAAGGUGGAGAGCAACUCGCUGCCUUCAGCCUGCUAAGAAGCUGCUCCAGCCCGUUUGAGUCAAGCCAGCUCCUUUGCCUACUCACCAGUCCUCUCAGGCCCAGCAAUACCCAGUACUUCAGCACAUCCUGGGCCCGCCCCAUUGGAGCUGCUCCUCCAGGAUCCUCCUCUGAGCCCAUCUGGGCACUCAGAGCUGGGUUUGGUCCGGGUCCUGGGCUCUGCAGUGACAGCUCUGUGUAGGAAAUUGAAUCCCCUUUGUGGCUCCCCAGAAAGGGGCUGGGGCUGUCACUGGCCACAAAAGUUAGCUGAACUUUGUACCUGAUUUCUGCAGGAGGGUGAGCUGUAGUCUCAUUGUUAGCUGGGGAGGAGGGUGAGAAUUUAGCAAACUUGAACCAUUGUUUUAAAAUCCCUUUGUUAGGAGACUUCCCAUAGGGCUUGACUUGUUUUGUGACCAGAGUAGCCUUACUGUUGAGCGCAAAACAAAACAGCCUGAGGAGUUUUAUUAGGAAUCCCUCUCUCCCCAUCUUUGGGCAGCCGUGGAAUAAACAUAGGAAGAUCUCGGUGCUUAAAAACCAA